UUUCAUCGCCUCUCUUUAUAAACAACCCACCAACAACAAUCCGCCAAAGUAGAGAUAGAAUCCAAGUCUCUGUUUUCUUCUUCUUCUUGUGAUUUUACCAGUAAAUAUAAUAACGUAGAGUUAUGAUAUUGUUUAGCGUCGUUAACUAAUGGAAACUGAUACGAGCAAACGCUGCGACAGCCUUGUUCACUCUCGAUUCUUUCUCUCUGGGUUUUAUUGCUGGGGUUGGGAAUUCUUGACCGCUCUCCUUCUCUUCAGUUGUUCUGCCUGAACCAUCACGUUAUAUUUUGUAGUCAUUUUUCUCUUGUAAUCAUAGUUAUUUGUUAAAAUAUUUUUUUUCGUGCUUGCGUUAUAUUUUGAGAGGGGGCUUGGUCAAUCGGAAAAGAUGGAGCUAAGGUCAGUUCCGGCUCCGUUCUUGAUGAAAACGUACCAGCUGGUGGAUGAUCAGAUCACCGACGAUGUGAUUUCGUGGAAUGAAAACGGCACGUCUUUCGUCGUUUGGAAAACUGCUGAUUUUGCAAGGGAUUUGCUUCCCAAAUAUUUCAAGCACAAUAACUUUUCCAGCUUCGUCCGUCAGCUCAACACUUACGGGUUUCGAAAGGUUGUUCCGGACAAAUGGGAAUUUGCCAACGAGCACUUCAAGCGGGGCCAAAAAGAGCUCUUGUCAGAUAUCCGUCGUCGCAAGACGAUCACAAAUUCGCCGGCGAACGGAAAGCCAUCUGAUGCGGGACCUUCUUCUCCACCAACUAAUUCUGGUGAGGAGCUAGGGUCCACCUCCACGUCGACGUUACCGGAUUCAAAGAAUUCCGGAUCGGCGGAAACGAAGCCGGCGACCAAAAUCGAAUUCGCCGACUUAUCAGACGAGAACGAGAAACUUAAGAAGGAUAACGAGAUGCUGAGCUCGGAACUGGCGCAGGCCAAGAAGCAGUGCGACGAGCUGGUUGGGUUUUUAACUGAAUGCGUGAAGGUAGGGCCCGAUCAGAUCAAUCGCAUCAUUGGGAAAGGAAGCUCUGGGUCCACCCAUGAUGCCGAUGUUCCUGGCCGCUGCUACGGUGACGAUGACGAAAACGACGACGGCGAAGAAGGAAACGGGAGUUUGAAACUGUUUGGGGUAUGGUUGAAAAGCUCGGGGAAGAAGCGGGCACUCGAGGAGAAAAUCGUGUACGGUGGCCCACACGCAAAAGAGAUGAAGACUGUGGAUUUUAACCACGUGUCUAUGGUGAUGAAAAGCGGCAAAGUUUGCAACUGACCCCACCAUCAACACUCCAAAAUUAUAUUUAGGAAAAAAAUUAGUACCUUUCUUUUAAAAAAAAAUAGGAACAAAAUAAAUAAAUAAAAUAUACAUGGAUUUGUAUAUUUCAAAGGUUAGGCGGGUGAAUUAGUCAGCAAUUUUGGGAUUAAAAAUCAAA